AUGAGUAUUGAAUGUUCGGAAUGCAAAGCAUUAUAUUGGAUAGAUGAGAAAGUGGUAGGAUCUCGACAUGCACCCAUUUUCAACACCUGUUGUACAAAAGGCAAGGUGAAACUACCUGCUAUUGCUUCACCACCGGAAUUAUUAGAAAUGCUUCUCACAGAAGAAAGUUUGCAAGCACAUGAUUUUCGAAAAAAGAUUUGUAUGUAUAAUUCUAUACUUGCAUUUACCUCCAUGGGUGACAAAAUCGAUGAACGUGUUAUUGGAACACAGGGUGUGUACAAUUUUCAUAUUCAAGGAGAAAUACAUCACUAUAUCGAUUCUCUUAUACCUGAAAAUCAAGAUUCACCAUCAUUCAGUCAGAUUUAUAUAUAUGAUACAAAUGAUCACUUACAACAAAGACAAUUAUUAAUGCCAAACCUAAAUCCAACAACACUUGCGCAACUUCAAACAAUGCUACAUGAAGUUAAUCCUUAUACACAUAUCUUUCGAAGAGCAGCUCAUGUUUUACAAGAAAAUCCUAUACAAGAUUUAAAGAUUGUUAUUGUCAAAACUAGAUAUAAACGUCAAUAUACAAUACCUACCGCAUUAGAAGUUGCUGUUCUUAUGGUUGAAGAUAGUCAAGAAGUUAAGCCAUCUAAUUGUAAUAUUAUACUAUACAAGAAAGGCAGUGGUCUCCAGUGUAUCUCAGAAAUUCAUCAUAGCUAUAGUCCAUUAUAUUAUGUUUUGCUAUUUCCAUAUGGUGAUCCCGGAUGGCAUCCAGGUAUUCACAUAAAUAAUUCUCAAGCAGAAUCUACUAGCAAUGAUAGUUCAGAUUAUAAUAGUAAAGAAGAUAUUUCAACAAAUGAUAACACAACUAGAGAUUAUAUAUCAAUGAUGCAAUAUUAUACAUAUCGUUUGCAUUUGUGA